AUGCACGACCCCUUCGUCAACCGCGUCGACUACUUCUUCCCCUUUGUGCCGUACACAGAGGAAGAGAAGCGCCACUUUGUCCAGCUGCAGCUUCGCCGCAUUCUGCUUGACCAGCGAGGAAAAGAAAGGCGCAUUUAUGUCACGCCGCGGAUGGUCGACGCUCUAGCAGGGAGGCAGCGCACCUUUCACGCGGCCACGAUUGAGGGUGUGGUACGCCCGCUGUUGGUGGAGGUGAUGCAGAAGAAGUGGAGCGGUGCUGUUCUCACAGUGGCGGAGCGUGUCUCUGGUGAGGUUUUCGUGGCACUGCCGACGGACAGUGGCGUGGACCGCGCAGCAUCGUGGCAUUCACUACCGGGGGCGGAACUUGCGCUCGCUGCGUGUAUCAGGGCGGAAAAAUCAGCAUCAGUCAACUCCACAAGAACAACGACGACAUCAGUAGGAUCAGCCUCCUCGUCGACAACUGCAUUAGAGGCAAUUGAGGGAAAGGAGCUAAAACCCACCAGCAGCCCCGCAACACACCGCACAGCUGCGACAGCUCCUGUUCGGUCCUCGCAGGUGCGCAAUGAUGUGGUGCCUGCUGCACGUGUAGAGAGCAAGAGGGAACUCGUUCUACAGCUAGAGAAGAGUGUUGAGAAGGAACUUCGGCUGGAGCUGGAGCGAGCAAAAGAACUACUACUUGUGAAGGACAAAGAAAUAGCGUACCUGAAAGAGAAGGUCCUUCAGUUGGAGAAGAUCGUUGCGCUACUUCUGGCCACCACUUUGAUGUGUCUGUUCCUCCUUUCCCUCCUCGUUGGUGUGAAGCUCGUCUUCGUGAUGUGCGUCAGCGUUGUGCUGGGUCUUGUGCUCCUCGUUGGAAUGCCUCUUGAACUUCUGAUGGGGGCCAUUCGUGUGCUGUACGGUGUCCUGGGACCGGUCGGCUCUGCAGUUGCGGCAAUAGUGGCAUCCUUGUGGGUCUCGCAGGCAGUACGCAAUGCUGCGAUGUGCUGA